AUGUAUUCGUCCGGCCUUCUUAUUCUUCUUCUCAUUUGUCUUAUUCACCCAUAUUCCAUAGACGCAUUGGUCGACGCAGAAACAACAAUAUCUUUCCCACAUGUCGUCCCUCUGGUGGACACCCAGCCUGCCUUCCGCCGCCGCGAGGUCCUCAAGGCCCUGAGACAGCGACAGAGUGCGAGUGACGGCUCUUGCCCGUCCAACUUCAACCAGUGCGGCAACGAUCUUCCAAGCGAGUUCUGCUGCAGGUCCACCGACGCCUGCAUCCCUCUCGCAAAGAACACGGCAGUACUGUGCUGUCCUGAUGGCGGCACAUGCUCCUCGAUCCAGCCCAUCACCUGCUCCGUCGCCGUGCAGAAUGCCACGGCCUAUCCGACCAGCUCCGUCCACUCGACAAAUCUCGAUGGAACACUCGCCGUGUGCGGGCGUGAUAGCUCCGGGUCGAACACCUGCUGUCCCUUCGGGUACUCUUGCAAUGAGAGGUCAAUCUGUAUCUUGACGCAGACCGAGACUCCUGUCUCGACAGGAACACUAUCGACCGCAACCUCAGGACCGGCCGUGACGGAUUCUGAUGGCGCUACAGUCACCUCGUCGACGCCCGAGUCAACUUACACAGUGAUCCUGCCGACCUAUGUACCUCCCUCCGAUAGGGAAGGCUCCUCCUCGGACAGGCCCAAGACCAUAGGCAUCGCGACAGGAUCCGCGGUUGGCGGCGUUGCUACUGUCGCAGCAAUAGUGGUAUUCGCGUGGCUGGGCGCCUUCAUUCGUCAACAAGUCGACACCAGUCGAACUCCCGGCGACUCCGGUGUCUUUCAGCAACUGGAAUAA